GCAGCCUCGGGUGUUUCCGUGUUCCACUCGCGGCUGUUGUCACGGCAACAAGUGGCGGCGACAUUGUGGGCCCGACUAGGUUUCAAACCUGACAGGGUCUGACUGUCAUCAUGGCGCUCUAUUUUGACCAUCGCAUAGAAGCCCCAGACCCAGAGGGGUCUCCUACCCAUGUCAGCUGGCACUCUGUCCACCCAUUCCUAGCGGUGGCCUCACUCAACACAAACUCGGGAGGCACCGUGGACAUUUAUCUGGAGCAAGGUGAGCGUGUGCCCGACACACACAUAGAGAGGCCGUUCUGGGUCACCUGCCUGUGCUGGCACCCGACACGGCCCCUCCUGGCCAUUGGCUGGGAGACGGGAGAGGUCCUGGUGUUUAACAAGCGGGACAAGGAUCAGCACACUGUGCCCCCCACACACUCGACCACCAUCAGCGUCCUCUGCUGGACCACCAACGGGAACUGCUUGGUAUCAGGGGACAGGUUCGGUCUCGUGAUUCUGUGGAGGCUGGACCAGCGGGGCCGAGUGCAGGGGACGCCGCUGCUGAAGCAGGACUUCGGGCAGACCCUCACACACUGUAUCUUCUGGCUGCCCCCACCCCGAGAGGACCUUGUGCAGUUGGCCAAGGCGGCCGUGAGCGGCGACGAGAAGGCCCUGGACAUGUUUAACUGGAGGAAAAAUGACUUCGGAAGUUUCCUGAAAAUGAGCUCCCAGGAGGCACUGUCGUUCUUUGUCAGCCUGGCGGAUGGGACAGUGCAUUAUGUGGAUGAGAAGGGCAAGAGUGUGCAGGUGGCGGCGGCCGAGAGCACGGUGCACACGAUGCUCUACAUGGACAAGCGGGAGGCCCUGCUGGUGGUCACCCAGAACCUGCUGCUGUCACUGUACAUGGUCACUCCCGAGGGCCAGGUGCAGGAAGUGAUGAAGGUGAAGCUGAGUGGGAAGACGGGGUGUCGAGCAGACAUGACUCUGAUUGAAGACAGCCUCCUGGUGACUGCUGUCGGAGAGCCGGUCCUUAGAUUCUGGGAUUUGGAACGAGGAGAGAAUUACGUGCUGAGUCUGGAAGAGAAGUUUGGCUUUGAGAAAGGAGAGAAUAUAACUUGUGUCUCUUACUGUAAUGCCAAAGGUCUCCUGGUGGCAGGCACUGACAGAGGACGGGUCGCCAUGUGGAGCAAAGUGCCCAUUUUCCAAGGCAGCACAGGACUGGAGGGCAAGGACCAGUGGAGCCUGCAGACCCCCACGGAGCUGGACGGGAACAUCGUGCAGAUCCAGUGGGGCUCCCGGAGGAACCUCCUGGCCGUGAGCAGUGACAGCUCGGUGGUGAUCCUCAGCGAGCAGGCCAUGUGCUCACACUGCCACCAGCACGUGGCCGCGGUGCAGCUGUCCCCCAGCCUGGUCAGCGUGGUCUUUCUGGCCACGGGCGUCACGCACAGCCUGCGCACUGACAUGCACAUCAGCGGCGUGUUUGCCACCAAGGACGCUGUUGCUGUCUGGAAUGGGAAACAAGUGAUGAUCUUUGAGUCUUCUGGGACCAUCUUACGGAACGCAGGCAGCUUCCUGUGUGAAUCUCCGGUGCUGGCCAUGCACGAGGAAAGUGUCUACACUGUGGAGCCCAACCGAGUUCAAGUGCGAACCUGGCAGGGGACCGUGAAGCAGCUCCUGCUCUUCUCUGAGGCCGAGGGGAACCCGUGCUGCCUGGAUGUCUGUGGAAAUUUCCUGGUUGUGGGGACCGACUCGGCUCACUUUAAAAGCUUUGAUCUUUCCCGAAGGGAAGCGAAGGCACACAGCGACUGCAAGAACCUGGCAGGGCUGGUUCCCGGCAUGGGCGGCCUGGCAUCGCUUCGCUGUAACGCCAGCGGCAGCAAGAUCAGCAUCCUCCUCCACAAGACUGACAACAGCCCUGACUCCAGAAUCUGCUUCUAUGACGUUGAAAUGGACACAGUAGCCAUCCUGGACUUGAAGACGGGCCAGGUGGACCAGAGACAGACCUUGUCCCGCAGUGGGCAGGAAACAAAGAGGAUUCACACCUUCGGAGAUGGGGACAGGGGCAAGAGGUUGACACACUUGGUGCCUGUAAACCACUUCUGGGACCAGAGCGAGCCCCGGCUGUUUGUGUGUGAAGCUGUGCGGGAUGUGCCUGGGGUGCCGCUGCAGCCCGAGGAUGGGAAGCCGCCGCUGCAGGAUGGCGCAGACCCUGUGGCAGAUGUGUGGAUUCUGUCCUUCUUCAUUUCUGAAGAGCACGGCUUCUUGCUCCACGACAGCUUCCCUCGGCCUCCCGCUUUCCUGAACCUUCUGGGACUCGAAGUGCCCCAUUAUUAUUUCACAAGACAGCCGGGCGAGGCAGAGGGAGAGCAGCAGGAGGCAGGGCAGCCGCACACCCCCCAGGUGGUGGGCCGGAGACCCAUGCGAGACUUCGUGGGGCUGGAGGAUUGUGACAAGCCCACCCAGGACGCCAUGCUCAACUUCAGUUUCUUCCUCACUGUUGGGGACAUGGACGAAGCCUUCAGGUCCAUCAAGCUCAUCAAAAACAAGGCUGUCUGGGAGAACAUGGCCCGCAUGUGUGUGAAGACCCAGCGGCUAGACGUGGCCAAAGUGUGUCUGGGGAACAUGGGCCAUGCCCGGGGCGCCCGUGCCCUGCGCCAGGCCGAGGAGGAGCCCGAGCUGGAGGCCCGGGUGGCCAUGCUAGCCAUCCAGCUGGGCAUGCUGGAGGAAGCCGAGCAGCUAUACAGGAAGUGCCAGCGCUACGACCUUCUCAAUAAGCUGUACCAGGCCUCUGGCCAGUGGCAGAAGGCAGUGGAGGUGGCGGAGCAGCAUGACCGCGUGCACCUGCGCACCACAUGCCACAGCUACGCUCGGCACCUGGAAGCCAGCUCCAACUGCCGCCUGGCACUCAGCUACUACGAGAAGGCGGACACCCAUCGCUUUGAGGUGCCCAGGAUGCUGUCGGAAGACCUGCCGUCGUUGGAGACGUACAUCAACAAGAUGAAGGACAAGACGCUGUGGCGCUGGUGGGCGCAGUACAUGGAGAGUCAGGCGGAGCUGAGCAAAGCACUGCAGUACUACGAGCUGGCGCAGGACCACUUCUCCCUGGUUCGCAUCUACUGCUUCCAGGGCGACGUCCAGAAGGCCGCUGAGAUCGCCAAUGAGACAGGGAACUGGGCCGCCUCCUACCACCUCGCCCGCCAGUACGAGAGCCAGGAGGAUGUGCGGCAGGCCGUGCACUUCUACACGCGCGCCCAGGCCUUCAACAACGCCAUCCGCCUGUGCAAGGAGAAUGGCCUGGACGACCAGCUCAUGAACUUGGCGCUGCUCAGCUCCCCUGAAGACAUGAUCGACGUGGCGCGCUACUACGAGGAGAAGGGAGACCAGAUGGACAGGGCAGUCAUGCUGUACCACAAGGCCGGCCACUUCUCCAAGGCCUUGGAGCUGGCCUUCGCCUCGCAGCAGUUCUCGGCACUGCAGCUUGUGGCGGAAGACCUGGAUGAGAACUCAGACCCUGCACUGCUGGCCCGCUGCUCAGACUUCUUCCUGGAGCACAAUCAGUAUGAGAAGGCGGUGGAGCUGCUACUGGCUGCCAAGAAGUACCACGAGGCUCUGCAGCUGUGCCUGGAGCAGAACAUGACCAUCACUGAGGAGAUGGCGGAGAAGAUGACCGUGGCCAAGGACUCCAAGGACCUGUCUGAGGCAGCGCGGCGUGAGCUGCUGGAGCAGGUGGCUCACUGCUGCAUGCGGCAGGGCAGCUACCACCUGGCCACCAAGAAGUACACACAGGCUGGGGACAAGCUCCAGGCCAUGAGAGCCCUGCUCAAGUCGGGGGACACAGAGAAGAUCGUGUUCUUCGCGGGCGUGUCCAGGCAGAAGGAAAUCUACGUCAUGGCGGCCAAUUACCUGCAGUCCCUGGACUGGCGCAAGGACCCUGAGAUCAUGAAGAACAUCAUCAGCUUCUACACCAAGGGCCGCGCCCUGGACCUUCUGGCCGGCUUCUAUGACGCCUGCGCCCAGGUGGAGAUAGAUGAGUAUCAGAACUACGACAAAGCCCACGGGGCGCUGACCGAGGCCUACAAGUGCAUGUCCAAGGCCAAGGCCAAAAGUCCCCUGGACCAGGAGGCCAAGCUGGCACAGCUGCAGGGCAAGAUGACACUGGUGAAGCGAUUCAUCCAGGCCCGAAGGUCAUAUGCUGAGGACCCCAAGGAGGCAGUCAGGCAGUGUGAGCUGCUGCUGGAGGAGCCGGACCUGGACAGCACCGUGCGCACGGGGGACGUGUGCAGCGUCCUGGUGGAGCACUACCUGCAGGUGGAGGACUUCCAGACGGCGUACAGGUACCUUGAGGAGCUACGCAGGAGGCUGCCCGCUGCCAACGUGUCCUACUACGUGAGCCAGCGGACCAUGGAUGCUGUGUACCAGGGCCUGGGCCUCCCACCAGCACGGCCCCUGCCUGAGCGCGCUCGCCACAGCAGCCUGGACGACCCCCGGGAGCUGGCCGAAGAGGUGCUGGAGGAGGUGGACGACUCCUGAGGUACAGCCUUCUGGAAGUGUCUGACUCUGCCGCACCCAGGUGUCUUAGGCAGGGUUAGCUAGAGCCUGCCUACUGGGGUAUGCCUUCCCAGCAUCGAUGGUGACCGCACGGUGUGUACACAAGGGGGUUUCAGGAGAGUGCAGACCUGGCCCCCCGCCGCCACGAGACUUUUAAUAAAGCUUAUUUUCUCAGAG